UUUAAACAACAUGGCGGCGUCCAAAGAGCAGUCAUGCCGGGCAGAAAAAAACCUAAACUUACAUCAAAGUUGAUAGUUUAAUCAGCUGCAGAUCGUCUCUGCGGAUUUCGCCUCGUUUUUUAACCUGUGACGUUUUGUGGAGCGGCUCAUGUUUGUUCCCAGGGCUGUUAGCAUGGCCGCAGCCUGCAGAGUUAAGGUCAGGUCGCUGCUGCCUCUCAGCCGAAAACUCUCCACAGACCACCCCGGCUUCCAAGGUGGAGCUCCGGCCGAGCCCCCCGUUCCUCCCCCGACACCCCCUGUGCGGGAGCGGAGGCUCCGGAGGGAUCCCAGCGGCCGCUCCGUGCUCCUCUUCCCCGGGCAGGGCAGUCAGUUUGUGGGCAUGGGCAAAGGGCUUCUCAAGUACCCCAACGUGAAGGAGAUGUUCUCCGCGGCGCAGAAGAUCCUCGGGUAUGAUCUGCUGGCCCUGUGCCUGCAGGGCCCGGAGGAGGAGCUGCAGAAGACGGUGCACUGCCAGCCGGCUGUGUUCGUCACCUCUCUGGCUGCUGUGGAAAUGCUCCACGAUAAAAACCCAAAGGCCAUCGAGAUGUGUGCUGCUGCUGCAGGUUUCAGCGUUGGAGAAUUUGCCGCUCUCGUCUUUUCUGGUGCCAUGGAGUUUGCCGAAGCGCUGUACGCAGUGAAGGUGCGAGCGGAGGCCAUGCAGAGAGCCUCGGAGCUUGUUCCCAGCGGGAUGCUGUCGGUCGUUGGUAGACCUCAGGCCCAGUAUAAAUACGCCUGUGUGCAGGCUAAAGAGCACUGCAGGAGGCUGGGGAUGGAGGAGCCCGUGUGCUCUGUGGCUAACUACCUGUUUCCUGAUGGCAGGGUCAUCGCAGGGCACCAGCAGGCCCUGGAUUUCCUCCAGCAGAACUCACGACAGCUGCAAUUCAUGAGGACCAAGCGCCUGCCGGUCAGCGGCGCUUUCCACACCGAGCUGAUGGCGUCGGCCACGGAGCCCCUCAAAGAGGUGCUGAGGCAGGUGGAGGUGCGGCGUCCCGAGAUCAGCGUCUACUCCAACGUGGACGGGAAGCGCUACAUGAGCGAGAGCCACGUGCGGCGGCAGCUGGCGAAGCAGCUGACGGCGCCGGUGAAGUGGGAGCAGACCCUGCACGAGAUCUACGAGCGGGCGCAGGGCGAGAACUUCCCCCACACGUACGAGGUGGGGCCCGGGCGGCAGCUGGGCGCCACGCUCCAGAAGUGCAACAGGAAGGCCUUCCAGACGUACACUCACGUGGACGUGGUGGCGGACGAGGACUGAAUGAUGAGCAAACUGCAAGCUCCUGUGGGUGCUGCUUUGUUGUUUCUCAAGUACUUUUUAAAUGAACAGGACUCUCACGUUUGUGUUUGUUAAGUUUAUUUGCAUCAGAUUACAAAAAAAAAAAAGCAUUUUUCAACUCUGCAACAGAAAGUCCAGCUCCCUUCAUGUCAUGCUCAGCAAGGCCACAUAUCGUUUGUAAAAAUCUCUAUAUCCAGUAAGAAACGAAUGCAGAUACAAAAGACUGCAGGCCAGCAACAGUCCACUCAUGGAAAACAGGCCUUUUUCCUUUCUUUCUGUUUUUUUCUUUUAAUAUUAAUACAACUGUGAACCAACA